UUUAAUGAUGUUAAAUAAUAUCCAAUAUCCUACCACUUCAGUCUAUAUAGAGUGCCAAAUUGGCAGCCAGUAGGCGAAUCUCACCUCCAGCAUGGCCCAUACAACUUCCUUUUCGGGAAAUCCCAUCGCUCCUUCCCAUCCAGGAGGAACAACAGUUACUACGAAUCUGUACCGGCACCCUGUAGGUUUAUUCCCGGUCCUAGUUCAGUUCACAGGGCCUGUCCAAUAUACAAGUAGGUUCUUGACAGCACUCACUCUCUACGAUGCUCCGAUCCAAACCCACCAGUGUUACUCUCACCGAGGACGACCUCUGCUACCAUAUUGAGAGCAUCUUCUCUCGGAACGAUCGGCUCACUAAGUGGCACCUGCAGCGCACUGGCUCUGAUAACAGCUACGAUGGUGACGACGAUGAAGAUGGCCGAUUCUUGGACUCAGACGUCUUCUCUCAGUCAGAGACUCUUUUCGAGUCGGAGUGCGACGAAACUCAGCAACAGGUGACGCCAGAAAGCAGCUCACAGGAGACCUUGGACCAAAGACACACCAGAGCGAGCGUGUCUUUGCUUUGUCGCCCUCGUGCUUCUGUGCGUUUUGCUUCAUCUGAGACUUCGGCGUUGAGCCCAGGCGCAGACAGUGACCCCCAACUGUCUCAAGUCGUGGUCAGAAACCUAAGACCGCUGGAUGACCCACAACUGCUUUCCAUACAGCCUGUACCAAACCCCCAUUCACUUCCUUUGCCCCUCCAAUUGGCGCUGCUUUCGAGCACAGACUGGAACAGAGUGAGGAGUGGCUUUGCUUCGCAAUACAACGACCGCGAUCCCCGCAUGCCCAGCCCAAGGCUAUCCCGGCCUAUUGAAGUAGUAUUGGAUGUCAAUCUUGCGAGUCUUUUCUCGUCGAUAAUUGCUCUUCCCAUCAGAAUUCCUGGGCGAGAAAGUGGCGUAGGGCUGUUUGAGAAACCCCGCAGAACUCAACUAUAUCCCAACAGGCUGUUCCACGAUGCCUGCGUGGGCCUGGAUGUAAAACCCUCUCCAGAGAUCAAGCCCCACGGCCCUCCUUCGAGCCAUUUACCCCAAAUACAACUUGUUCCUUCACCACUGGAAAUGAAGUCCACCAGUCAUACGGAUUUGGCUUUAACGGACAGGGAAGCAGAUGAACCGGAGCCCAGCGGGGUUCUCACUCCUGCAGAAAAGUGUCUGGCUGAAACAACCCCCAAUUCUGACAAUGCGCCAUUCCAGCUCUCGUCACCCGAAACUUCUGGGUAUCGCUCUAUCAAAAGGUGCCCGAGUUCACCUUCUGACGCGCUCGACGAUACCCCGGAAACCUGCCAUACAGCGGAUCCGAUGGACAGAAAAGUCACAGAAAGGGGCCCAGGCAGGGAUUCCAAAGACCUUACCCACUUGGCGAACCAUUAUACUGUCUCGCGAUCUACGCAGACUGAUCUAGAUCUGGGAUGGACCAAUGAGCGCUAUGGCAAUGAAGGCAUACUCAGUAGCUUGGAAAGACAAGAAAACCUUACCCCAGGCCAACCUGUUGAACGGCGAUGGCAGGAUCCUUUCAUCACGACAAUGUUCACAGAGCCCGGCGCUCCGGUAUAUGAGUAUGACCUCUCGAACCAGCUCGGCAGAGGAAUACGCAGGCGACAACCAGUGGGAAGAGGAAGGGUAGCCCGUAAUCAACGCGGGGUAUGGAUGCCACUACUUUUCAGGAAUAUGUUCUUCAGUUGAUUUCAGAGCUCGAUCAUGCACCGCAACGUCCACUCAGGCUGAACACACAUGUUAUGGUCAGAAUCAGCGGUGGGGUAUGGAGUUUGUUGGAAUAUUCGGAGGAUAAUGGA